GCUCUGACAGCGCCAUCUAGUGAAAAGAUCACCAUGUCUUCAAAUUUACUAAAAUCUCUGACUAAAAGUAUAAUAUCAGCGCGUUACACAUGUAUUUGUCCUCAAAUACAAAACCGAAUACAUAUAAGUAAUACAAAAUGGAAGGAUCAUAGAAACAAAAUGUCUGAUCCUGCUGUUGUGGUUGUCAAUGAAGACCUGAUUGUAGCAUGGCAUCCUGAGCAGCAAUUUCCUUAUGAACACACUAAACCUAUACCCAGAAAUCAACAACAUAUGAGCCAGGGUGAUUCUGCACUGAAAGUGCAACAUAUCUUAGAUGAACAGAAUAAGUAUCACUCAGCGGGACCAUCUGAUGAACAACUGCAACAGAUAUUCUUCACUACCAAACAUAAAUGGUUUCCACAGAAUCAGAAGGCAAGACGAAAAGUAGAUCCACCAAAGGAACGUGAAGGAAUAUAGCAAUAAGAGCUAUUAAGAAGGAUUUCAUCUAAGAAGCACUGCUGAAUUAGAGAACACAAUAGGAUAAGAUAUAUGCAGGCAGACUCUUUGGAAUCAAUAACAAUGAACUGCGCCACUGGACCAUUCAGUUUAUUUAAGAUUUUGAAGAGUUGAUCAACAAUCAUUGCAACUAAUGAUAAAAUAACUAUUAGAUAUAGAGCAAAGUAAAUAUAGAAAAUUAUGGCGUCCCAAGUCACCAUUGAAAUAAAUUCAUUUUAUUCAGUACAGAAUAAAGGAAGAUAAAGGAAGUAGUAAAGCCGAUCUUUUAUGUAAUUGUGAUAAAUAAAAUAAAGUUUUCAAAAUUAGUUGAAUCAAAAGUCAUGUAUUGAUAAUGCACCAUUCAAAUGUUUGCA